GAGGCCGGCACUCGCCUGGGUCCCGGAGCAGCGGUCCCUAAAGCCCUUCCUGCCCUGCCCUGACUGGCUGGCCGCCUGGCGGGACGUCACGGGGGGCGGGGCCGCUAUCAGCUGUUCGGGGGAUGCCAGGAAGCCGCUGUAUUUUGGAAACAAUGAGGCGCGGCGCUGCCUGAGGCUGCACCCGGGGCCUGCCCGCUCCGGCCGCAGGGCUGGGAUUCCCUUUACUAGUCUUCCAUCCUGUUAAAUGCUUCGUAAACCAGAGCAAAGGAAGAGGCUCAGAAGAAUUGAAUUACACUUCCUUGUUGGAACUGGGUGGAAAUCCUGGAGAUGGAUCUCUUAGGAGACUGUCUUCAAAUUGGGUUAGAUGCCAAGGAAAAAUGGAUCCCUCCAGCUACCUGGAAGAAGACUAUUCCAGCCUGGAUGGGCUGGAUGAUGACGUGUUUCACUCUGAUGACUUUGGACUCGCAGGUCAGCCUGGUGAGAUGACCUCUACUGGCAUUUUCACACAGAACCAGUCCUACAGCUGCCUUUUGGGGAGAUUUCAACUUUUCCCGCUCACUCACUGCUGUGGUCCUGGCAGCAGGCAUGCUGAGCAGCAGGAUAAGGCAACUCAAACACUCAGCCCAUCCUCUUCCAGUCAGGAUGUAAUGUUGCCUUAUGGAGUCACUGAAGAGCCCCAGAGACUCUUCUAUGGGAACGUUGGGUACCGUUUACGUGUUCCCCCAGUUGGCUUUGCGCUGAGUCCACACCUCCAAGAGGAACAUCAGGAAGGUCACCAAGAAGUACGUGCUGAGGUCCAAAUUGCACGGAAAUUACAGUGUAUUGCAGACCAGUUCCACCGGCUCCACGUACAAAGGCAUCAGCAGAACAGAAAUCAAGUGUGGUGGCAGAUACUUCUCUUCCUACAUAAUUUGGCCCUAAAUGUGGAGGCAAACAGGAAUCCAGCAGGUCAGAGGUGAGACUCAUCCACCUGUUCCAGGUCCAGUCUGCAGGGAGCACUGAACAAACACUGGUUUGGAGGAGAGAGACGCAUGCCGUCAGACGGAUGUGAGGACUUUGAAACUCUUACGAUCAUCUGACAAAGUUGUUUUUUGUUUUUGUUUUUUAAGGACUCUUCUUUGUUGCUUCCUGCCUCCCAUGGCUGGGAGCUCUUGUCUAACACUGUUGAAGGAAAGUCUUAGAAUGUGGAUGUGUUUGGUAAAGCUUGCUGCUCAAUCCUUGAAUCAGAAACCUCUAUGCAAGCAAGGCAGAUACUAAACUAACAGAUUCCUCUGCUCUCUUUUGUUAGUUGAUGGAGUGCAGCAUUUUGUCAGUUUGACCACUGGCUAAAGAUGGGGUCUGGGACCACUGACUUUAACUAUAUUUUGAAUACCUUUCCAAUUAAAAAUGUAGUCUCCUCCUUGGGAUAGCCUUGAAAAAAGUUCUUUUUUAGAAACAAUGACAAGGAAGUGGCUUUAUAUUUCACAGCAGAUGGAACACGCUUCAUUUCCUUGCAUUUUUAUUACUAGCGAGAAUUGAAUGAAAAUCUUGUUUCUUUUAAUGGUUUCAUUGGCCUCUGCAAAUCCAUCACGUGAAGUUGUUCCUUGUCAUUAUCACCAACAAAUGGAAUUGUUUCUAUAAGAAGAACAUUCUUAAAAUCUUCCAGGAAGUAUUGAUGGCUUUUCUAUAUCUUUGUGCAAAGGUCGGGUACACAAUAUACUGUGCCCAUUAGCCAGGAUGGAUCUGAUAAAAACUGAAUAUAAUCUAAGACUCAUUCUUCUAGAACUGCUGAUCUCUACACUUCCAUUAGUCCUCUGGUUUUUGUUUUUGUUUUUUUUCCCCUUUGUUAUCAUGUGCUUGGUCAAAAAAUUCAAAAUCCCAGGCAUCUGACAUGUUUACUUCAUAUUUGACUGGGAAAUUAGCUGGCAAUUAGUUUGAUUCCCAUAGACGGCAGGUUUGUACAAGCAGUUAGUCCAUUGUUCCACUGAGUAAUCCUGGAAGUUGGUGUUAGUACACAGUGACUGGCAGCAAAGAUAUUACUUGGAAUGCAAGCUCCAAGCAGCCUGUGAUUUGUGAUUCUUCAGGAGUUUUUAAAUGCAUGUAACUGUCACUUUUGGAACAGGAUAGGGAGAAUUAUCAACCAAAGGAACUUUUUGUGUAUGUGUAGUCUUAAAUAUUAUCAGUAGAACUAAAAGAACAAAUACAAUGACAGAUUCAGUAAGGGAAAUGCAAUAGGGUCUCUGCUUUGUGCAGAAUGUUUCUCUACUUGCCUUAGAAAAUAUAAAUCACAAAUUAGAAAGCUAGCUUGAGGAGAAUCUGUCUGGAGAGUGACUUUUAGUCAUCCUAUGAAUAUCAGCACAGAUUAUUGUAAGGUUCUUGAGUUCCUAAUCUGCUGUAAAGAACAGUGAACACCAAAGCAUCACUGUAUUAGAAAAGCAGGAGGUUUUGCACAAAUUUCUUUUCCUCCUUUUCCCCCUCUCUUUUUGCUUGCUCUUCUUUGAGAACCCCUUUCUGUCUCUCACAUUUGUAAUGAUCCAGUUCCCUUGCUCUCUCAUCAUUGCCUUAAAGUGCCUGGUAACAGUAUGUACUACAGUUAUGUUUGGACUCAACCCCAGCACUUGACUGGCAUUCUGUUCUUCCAUGGCAGGAUUUGUCUAGCCUCCAAACCAGCUCCCUGGAGUUUUUUGGCUUAUGAAUCUCUGCAGUGAUCGUCUUUCAGUACAAGCAGGUUUCCUCAUGUGAAAUGAUUAUUUUCCCUCCUAGCUAGAGGAAGAGUAAUAUGUUUAUCUGGAGUUAAGAGCUACAAUUCUCAGAUCAACUUUGCUUUUUUUUUUGUUUGAGUAUGUGUGCUACAGAGUUAGUCAGUAGUGUCUCCCUUGCUAGCAUAUCUAUAAUUCUGUUUUCAGUCGGGGAAACUUUUACUGCUUAAAGCAGGGGUUGGCAACCUUUUCUAAUGGCAGAACAGUGCUUCAUAGUUUCAUAGUAGCCAGGGUCAGGAGGAACCUGAUCAGAUCAUCUAGCCUGACCCCCUGCCACAGGCAGGAAUGAAUGCUGGGUUCACAAGACCCCAGACAGCUGAUCAUCCAACCUCCUCUUGAAUUUGCCCAGGGUAGGGGCAAGGACCACUUCCCUGGGAAGUUGGUUCCAGAUUUUGGCCACCCUAACUGUAAAAUAUUGCCUUCUGAUCUCUAACCUAAACCUGUUCUCCAUCAGCUUAUGCCCAUUGUUCCUCGUCACCCCAGGUGGUGCUGGGGAGAAAAGGGCUCUGCCUAUUUGCUGUUGAUCCCCCCCGAUGAGCUUGUAGGCAGCCACCAGGUCCCCCCUCAGCCUCCUCUUGCUGAGGCUGAACAGGUUCAGGUCCCCUAGCCUCUCCUCAUAGGUCCUGCCCUGUUGCCCUCCAACCAAGUGGGUGGCCCUCCUCUGAACCCUCUCCAGGCUGGCCACAUCCCUUUUGAAGUGCAGCGCCCAGCACUGGACGGAGUACUCCGACUGCGGCCUGACCACAGUCGCAUAGCGGGGGAGUAUCACCUCUCUGGACUGGCUUGAGAUGCACCUUUGGAUGCAUGACAAGGUAUGACUGGCCUUGCUGGCUGCAGUCUGGCAUUGGCAGCUCAUGUUCAUCUUGGAGUCAAUAAUGACUCCAAGAUCCCUUUCUGCCUCUCUGCUUUCAAGAAGGGAACUCCCCAGCCUGUAUGUAUGCUGUUGGUUCCUUCUCCCAAGGUGCAGCACCCUGCAUUUAUCUACGUUGAACCCCAUCCUAUUCUCGUCUGCCCACUUUUGUAGUCUGUCUAAAUCUAGUUGCAGCCUCUCUCUCCCUUCAAGUGUGUCCACCUCACCCCACAUCUUAGUGUCAUCAGCAACCCAGCCGCUACUGCAGGCCACUGAUCCCCCGGCUACUUUAUGUGGAGGGCUGUUCUCUUACUCCCCUAAUAUGACCCCAACUAAAAAUGUGCUUCUGAAAACCACGGUGAAGGACAACCUGGAGCAGCUAAUUUGGCAGCAACAGUAAGCACAGCCUGCAUUAGGGGGGCUAGAGAGCAACUCUCUUUGCACAUAAAGUGGUAAUCUGGGAGGGCAGCAGGGAACAAGUAUAUGGUUAAAAAAACAUAGGCUGGAACAGAUCUUUGUGGGCAGGAUCCAAUCUUUAUGGGCCAGAUCUAGGCCACAGGCCUUAGGUUGUGGACCCCUGACUUAAGAAGCUUUGUACUCAGGCUGCCUACAGAGAAGUGUUUGGCUCGGGAAGAGUUGGAGGUCCCUGGCCAUGAUGCCCACUGCUAACAAUAAAUUUAUCAAGCUGCACAUCUCGGUGUCUUAAGUUAGAAUCCUUUGGUUCUGUGUUUUCAGUGAAGGGUGAAAUAUACCACUUGAAUGCAGAUGCUGGACUUCCUCUAGACAAGGUCUGACUUCCUGCAAUACUUGUGGUGCUGCUGAAAGCUAGAAACGUGACAACCACUGAUGCUCUUUUUAAAGAACCUCCCAUGUUUGCAUAUAUUGGAGGUUAAAAAAAUGAAGUCAAAUCAAGAGUUUUCUUUUCUGGCUGGGGGGUAGAGUUUGCUAUUGACCUCAUAGAGAACAUGAGCUGCUUGCUACUUAACAUCUCACUCUGUCUUAAAAAUAGUGGAUUCCUCCUUCAUCCUCUCCCUUCAUCCUGCAGUGUAGAUCUCCUCCUAUACAGGUUAGCAGCAGACACCUCAUCUGUGCAAUAGUUGUUGCCUGUUGUGCCUAAAUAGGGAUGGUUUAGCAUGUACUUCAAAAGGCAUGCUCAUCUCAGCAUCUUUAUUACAUUUGGCCACCUUUAGAAAUGUGUAGAUUGGUUUGAGAAGCAUUUUUAGUUAACAAGGGGAUGGGACGCUCUUGGAUGGCUACAUGCUGGUUUGCCUUGGUGACCUGGUGGGAUUUCAAUGUUUAGUCGCUUUCUAUAUACUCAAUGUGGGCUAAAGUGUUCCUAAGAAGUUGGCAGGUUUCUCUUUCUCGUAAGCUAAUUCUUAUUUAAUUGAGAAACUCUUGGGGUAUAUUGAUCUUAAAUUGAUGGCACCAGUAGUGUUGAAGUCCAUUUCCCCUCUCAGGAUUACCAAAAUGUUUUCAGACCCUAAUUUUCUUGAUUUGAGGGGAGGAGUUCUAGGUAAAUGUUAAUUUGUGUCCUUCUGCUCUUUCAAGUAUCUAUAUUGCCCAAACCUUCUCUGGAUCCAGUAAGCCUGGUGCUAGUAAAACUAAGUAUCCCCUACUUUGUUUCCUGCAGUUCUUGAAACCUGAGCCAGUAAUCAUAAAGUGACUAUCCAAAAGUAGCUGCAAACUGCCAUGACUAGGACAAUGUGCAGGUAGAGGAUGCAACGGAUUUCUGAGAGAUGGAGUGGCCACUGGUAAUAUGUGGGCUGCAGACUUCUCUCAAGGUACUGAUGGUCUCUGCUAGGUAUGGACUUCUGCAUAACUUACUGUGUGUAUUAACUGUUACUGUUCUAUUUGUUUGUCGUUAUUUCUUUGGAAUCUAUUUUCCUUUUGUAUCAAGUCUGUCUGUCAUUUUCAGACAAUUUAAGCAGCCUGCUAGCAGUAAGUACUUGUCAGUGUUCUUGAUGUCUGAACUCUUGUUGGGAGGCAGGCUCUUGAGUGAACCAUUCUUGUGAGCCUUUUCUUAAGCUUUGUAUCAAGAAGGUGGUAGGGGGAAAGCAAACCAAUCCUCUGUGAUAGAACCAGGACACUAGUGAACACUUUUUUUUCUUCUGACUGGCUUCUGGGAAGAACUAAUAGCCUUUGCUCCUUCAAGCUUCAAACAAAGCUUGAAUAAAUGAUGUCUGAGAUGUGACUGGUCUUAGACCCCCAUGAUGCCAUUUCAGCUUCAGUGGCUGUGUCCACAGAAGAUGUUUACUGUGGAGUAGACUAAUUAGCUCCACAGUAAACAUCAUGUGUCUGUACAUCCUCCCCUAUUAGGCUGGAGUAAAUUAACUCUGCAGCAGGAUAGUACUUGUAUCUACUACUGUCCUGCUGGAGAGUUUUUUACUCUGUAACAGCGCACUUGUAGAUGCUGCCACAGCUGGCUGGGGCAUGAAGAUGCUUCAGUGCAGGGGCUACCUGCCUAUUGGCCCUGCACUGGAGCACCCUCAUGCACCAGCCAGCCCCUUCACAGCACAUUGAGCCAAGCGAAGGGAGCAGCCCCAAGCUGGCAGGCUUCUCCUGGGGCCCUCUGCCAACCGGGCUGCUCCAGCCCAGUUCAACGUGCUGUGGUCCUGGGCACACAUUCAAACAAUACACCUGGGAGCAAUAAGCUCCAGAGUUUAUUGCUUUGCAUUAAUUGCAUGUGUAGACGCGCCCAGUGUAAUUCUGUUACAAUAAGUGAAGUUAUGCCAGGGAUGUAUUUGGCUCAGGGAUUUUUUUGCCUUUCCCUUUGGAAGUUCUAAAUUCUGAUAAAGUAGGAGGAGGUAAAAUAGAGACUUCAGGCAUUUGCUGCAAUCUGUAGUGUACAAAUUCUGCAAUGUCACUUUAAUCCUUACCUCUGCUGAUCUUCAGCAGCAUCUAUAAUGCUCUCUAGUGAGACUGUACAAAUAGUAAAAUAGCUGGUACCUUUUUAGAGCCCCAUUCUGAACCAAGGGAAGUCCUUGGAGUGGACUCUGCAGGUACUUUGGAAGCUAGAGACAUUACACAACUUUGGAGGGCUUACCUUAGUUUACACAUUACUAUUACCAACCUUGCCAGGCUGUUUUGGGGAUUCUGAACCAAGGAUCAUAUGCCCGUUUACAUCAGUGGGACUUCUGUAUGGGAGCCAAACGCUGUAGCAUACUAAAAUAAGUUGAUGGAAAAGCUUUUUAUAUCAUUCCAAAGAAUAUUGUUUUAAAAACAGUUUUUGUGGUUGUUUAAAAAAUGCUCAUGUGUUUCUUUUGACUGUUUUAGCAAGAAAAAGAAAUACCUCAAGGAAUUGGUAAAAGAUUGUUCAGUGAUUUUUUUUUUAUGGUUCCUAAAGAGCUCUUGUUGUCACUGUUUCUUUGGUUUGUACAUGUCCAUCCUGGUGGUACACAGCUCAGUUUUUACCCAUAAGGAAAAGCAGAAAAGACCAAACACAUCAAAUGCACUGGAUCAUAAUUGUAUGUGUAUGUUCUUAAAUGAUGUGCAGCCUGACAUCCCUUCUCUCCUCCAUACCUUCCACUCUCCCCACCCCAACGACCCCUCUUCCCACAGAACAAAGGGUCAGUUCCUAUGAAUACCAUGCUGGAAGUUGGCUUCAGGGAAGUGAAACUUAUGUCUGUGGUUUUUCUUUUAAAGCCAUUUUUUCAGUUCUGUCUUCAGACUAUUUGCUGCCUUUGGGAAAUGGAGGGGUGGGGUGGGUGGGGUAGAUCUUUAAACUUUAAAAUCUAUUAUGACAAAUUUGCAUGUAUAAAGUUAUCCUUAAACCUAGUGGAGUCUCCCUAAACUUGUGGACUCAGCCCUGGGAGAGCCUCACCACAGACGACUCAGCUUGUGGGAGCCAACUCUGCACCAUUCAGAAGGCAAUUCCAGUUUUGGUCAGACAGCUAUGUAAGGAAAAAUUGAGGUUAGAAAGGCUAUAUAACCACUCUUUGUUAUAAUCACAUGAUAUAAGAAAGUAUGACAAAGACCUUAAUAAAUAGGUGCCUAAGUUAGGCUUCUAAGGGGGAAUUUUUAGAAGAGCCUAAGGGAUUUGAAUGUCAACCUCUUAGGUAUACCUGAAAAUCCUGAUACUAAAUAUGAACUUUAGAUGCCUAAAGUUAGGCUAUUUUUAAAAACCAAAUACAACUUAAUCAUAUAUAUCUUUCCCCCUCCUCCCACUCCCAAAUCCUCUUCCUUUUCCUUCUGUAGUAUCAGAAAUGUACGCAGGUGUCCUCCGCAUUUCUGGGUUUGGAUCCAUAGAUGAGAAUAUCUUGAAUGUGGAAUCAUCCCCCACCCUGGACUUCUUUGUUUAUAGGACACAUGAACUUUUAAAGCUUUUUAGUAUCCUCAGUUGCCUCGGAAAAGCAACAAAGUUCAGGGUCAAGGAGGAGUGGGGAUAGAGGUUCUUGGUGUAUUAUUAAAAUGUUAUUUACUGUUCAUGGAGAGCAUUAUAUGCUCUCCCAGCUGAAGAAGUGCAACCAAUGCUGUCCUGUGAGAUGCCUACCUGAACUGGUCCUGAAGUAUACACAACCUCCUUUGCCAUGGACUGAGACCCAGUGAGAAUGUAGCAUUUUGUUUAUACUGGUUGUGUGCCUCCAGGACUCCUCUGUGUACUGAUGGUGACUGGGACUCCACGUUUUAUAUCUGUGCAGUAUAUUUGCUUUGCGCUUUCUCUCUGGUGCUUUUUAAUACAUGUCAUUUUUUUCUAAUAAUUGGUACAAUUUUUAAUAAAAAUGUUAAAUUCUG